AUGUUAUUCACAAAACUUGGUAAAACAAAAUUACAUUGUGGUAAUAUUAUAUUUUUUAAAUGCCAAAUAAUCAACCGUUCAUAUACCGCCAGAAAACCAAUUAAACCCUCAAAAUUACAUGCACCAAUUUACUCUGAAACAAUUCUUGAUGAUGGAAGCAAGUUCAUAUCGCGAGUUCCUCUUGAUAAACCAACGAUUACAGUGGAUAAAUUACCACCUCCACUUAAAUUACCAAUAGAGAAUAAUUAUCGCAAACUUACUGAAGAUGAGAUAAACGAGAUGAGAGAAUUAAGACUGUCAGAUCCUGAAAAAUGGACAUGUAACGAAUUGGCCAAAAAGUUUCAAUGUAGUCCUUUAUUUGUUGGACAAGCUGCUCCUUUAUCAAAAGAAAGAAGAGAAAUUCAUGAAGCUAGAAAAGUAGUUCAAUUUAGUAAGAUGGGGUGGAAAAAGAGGUUUGUCAGGAGUGAAAGGGCUAAAAGAAGAGCAAAUUGGUGA